AUGCAUCUGAUAUUCGACUUUGACGGCACCAUUACUCAGCAAGAUACAAUCGGCGAGCUUGCGCGGUCAGCCAUUGAGCUACAGAGACGGAUCAGCGGGGAUGACCUCCAAGCCUCGUGGGACCAAGUGGUUCAAUCUUAUGUCGACGACUAUCGGAGCUAUAAGAAGAGUCACCCCGCUCAGGAAGACGCUCGUACUUGUGUCGACGAUGAGAUUCACUUCCUUUCGGGCUUGAAGGACGUCGAGGAGACUUCCUUGGCGCGUGUCGCAGAGUCUCGAAUCUUUGCUGGGCUAGACGCCGAGAUAUUGUCGCAAGCUGGUGCAGACGCUGUCAAAGAAGGAAGAAUCAAAAUCAGACAAGGCUUUCCGGAGAUUAUCAGCCUGGCAAACGAGCGAGGAUGGAGCGUGAGCGUCGUGUCGGUGAAUUGGUCACGCGCUUUUAUCCGUGGAGCUCUUAGGCCACACAUCCUUGACGUUGUCGCCAACGAACCUGCAACCGAUGGUUCCAUCACGGGCCCAGAGUUUCUAAAAGGCCGAAUGACAAACACCUGCGAGAAGCGCGAGGCCCUGGAGCAUUUGGUCAAGGAGAAGGAUGGUAGGGUAGUUUACUUUGGGGAUUCGACGACGGAUAUGGAGUGCCUACUGAGAGGAGGAGUUGUGAUUUCAGAUGAGGAUGAUUCUUCUCUGUUAAAGACGCUGCGGAGGGUGGGAGUUUCUGUUCCGCACGUUGGCGAACAGGCUGCUGACGUCAAGGUAUCUUGGGCAAGGGACUUUGGGGAGGUAUUGAAAAGUGGCUUGUUGGACGGAUAG